CAAAUGUCAACUAGGUAAGGUGACGUUUGACGUUGACGUUUAACCAGAAACUAAUUAAAUAAAAUCUAACGAAAGAAUUUUGAUGCGUGCGAACACAAAGUAAUUGUAAUUGAAAUUAAGAAAUAUUUUAUUGCAAUUUUCACUUCAGUGGAUUGUUGUAUUACAACAACAAUAUGUCACUUAAUGUGGUACCUAAAGAUAUAAGAGGACUGAGGGCUUGUUUAGUGUGUUCUUUAAUAAAGACCUUCGAACAGUUCGAAUACUAUGGCUGCGAUAACUGUGACGAAUUUCUGCGAAUGAAAAGCAACAAAGAUAAUGUUUACGACUGCACUAGUAAUAAUUUUGACGGUAUGAUUGCAGUAAUGAGCCCUGAAGAUAGUUGGGUUUGCAAGUGGCAGCGAAUAAGUCGGUUUUGCCCUGGUGUUUACGCAAUAUCAGUGUCUGGUCGGCUUCCUGCUGGAGUGAUCAGGGAAAUGAAGAGUAGAGGUAUUGCAUAUCGCCCAAGAGAUACCAGCCAGCGAUAAUUUUGUUAUAAAAAAGGACCUAUGUAUCAUAAAAAGUAAAUUAAAUUAAUUCAAUAUAAUUAAA